UGAUCCAAUGAUAUUCUUUUUACGUAAUGAUUUUUGUUUUAUAUUUUUCUGAAUCCAAAAUAUUAUUCCCCAAUUUCUUCCGUUUGGCAACAAAAUAAAGUGUAGUGUAAACGAAAGAUAUUUCGCGCCUCCAAAUUUGUUUUGGUUUCAGUCGUGUUUAUUUUUUUUAGUUAUAGAAAAGUGUAUAUACAUAUAUAUUUUAAAAUGGACGAUAAGUAUAUUAUCCAAGAAACAAAAAAGUUGAGACUUGAUUUACUAGAACAUGAAGAAGAAUUUAUCAGUGGAGCAAGAGAUCUCAAUAGAACUUUAGACAGGACUGAAGAACUUUAUCGUGAAGCUAUUUCUUCAACUGAAGCAACAGCUAGCAGAAUUAUCCAAGAUUCUGGUCUACUAGAACUUCAAACAAGAAUUGCAAGGCACUGUGCAAAAGCUUAUACUGUUGACACAUUAGUCUUUAAUCCUAGAGAAUUUUCUAUAAAAGUUAGAAAUUACUAUUGCCCAAGAUUUGUAGAUCAAGACAAAACACCUAAAAGAACUGAACCCCUUCAUAAAGUAUGGGACAAAUUAGGAGACCUCAGUAAAAGACUCAUGUUCACAGUUCCCAACUUUUCCUUUUUAUAUGGCACAUUUGAUGCAGAUCCUAUAGAAGCUCCUAAGAAGCAAAGGAAGGUAGCUGCGAAAGAUAAAAUAGGGGAACAAACUAAACCAGAAAAAGUAAAUCCAAAUGCAGCAUCCAAACAACAAGAUGUUAUGCUAGCCAGUGCUGAAAGAAUUCUGGCAAUUUUUCAGAAGCUUGCAAAGAAAAAUAAAACUGAUGUGUUAUGCUUCUAUGAGUUUGUGACUGAUCCACAAUCUUUCACAAGAACUAUAGAAAAUAUAUUUCUUGUUUCGUUGCUAGUCAAGGAAGGUUAUCUUAGUAUUUUUUUAGAUGAACAAAAACUGCCAUACCUUAAAUUAAUAAGCAGAAGUGAAAAAGAACGGUGGAAUACCUCUCAAGGUCAACAAACUAUUUUAAGUCUUACUAUGGAAGAAUGGCAAGAUAUCAUCCAGACUUUUAACUUUGAAACCCCACUUAUACCACCGAAACAGACACAAGCCGAAACUUAGAAGCAGUAAUAACUGAACAUGUGCCGUCAUUUCAUAUUACAUAUUUUUGUUACUUGCUUCAAUUUUAACCAUUAAAUGGCUGUUUGAAACAACCAAUUCAUACAGCACUACUGUUUGUAUACAAAUACAUUUUACAUCUUAAAUAAAAUGAUGAUUCUUUUAAA